AUGCAGAUGGGGCAUGAGUGGGUUUGGUUGGAUUCUGAACAAGAUUAUCCCAAUGACUCUGAGCUGAGCAACGACUGCAGAUCUCUCUUCAGCUCCUGGGAAUCCAGUCUGGACCUUGAUGUGGGCAGCUGGAGGGAAACGGAGGAGCCAGGGGCUGAGGAACUAGAGGAGAGCAGCCCUAGGCGAGAACCUAGUGAGCUGCUGGUGGGGGACGGAGGAAGUGAGGAAUCACAGGAAGAGGCAGCGCAAGUCAGCCGCCACAACCUCCUCCACUUCCUCUCUGAGGAGGAGAUUGAGUGCACAGCCAGAGAUGAGUACCUGGGGGAAGGGUCUCUGUCAGAGAUGGAAGAUCAGUCUUCUGGUGAUGACACCUUCAGCCUUAAGGAGACGCCUCUCAUGGAUAUUCUUCUCAGCCGUGCUGCCUCCUCGAAGCUAUCUGGUCUAGGCCAGAGUGACCCUGUCCAGGAUCACUUGCUGUUUAAGAAGACUCUCCUGCCUGUCUGGAAGAUGAUUGCCAGUCACAGGUUCAGCAGUCCAUUUCUGAAGCCUGUGUCAGAAAGGCAGGCCCCAGGGUACAAGGAUGUGGUGAAAAGACCCAUGGACUUAACUAGCCUGAAAAGGAAUCUGUCUAAGGGACGGAUUCGCACAAUGGCUCAGUUCCAGCGGGACCUGAUGCUGAUGUUCCAAAAUGCCGUGAUGUACAAUGACUCUGAUCAUCAUGUGUACCAUAUGGCUGUAGAGAUGCAGCAAGAAGUCUUGGAGCAGAUUCAGAAUUGUGCCUUUCCUCACAACCAAGAAGCCAAAGAUGCCUAUGGACAUAAUCCACCGUCUUCGGCUGCUUUUGUGUCUCUUAGCAACAAAAGCAGUAACGCACAGAGAGAGGAGCGCUCAGGUGAGUUCCCUUGUGAGGCUCAGACUCGGAAUUCGGAAUUCACUGUUGCAGCAGGAACCCAGCUUUCUAAGGAGGUUUGA